UCCAACAUUUUCAUAUUUACAUUUCCUGAUCUCAUUUCCAAAUUUUCUCUGGCAUUAUCAUAUUCAUAUAUAAUCUGCAGCUAAAAUGAAGAGGAUGAAUCAAUCAACCCUCUUAUUUUACAGUCUGCAAAUAUCCGAAGAUGAGAAAUUGGAAGGCUGGUAGCGAUUGCUGUUUGUGGGACGGAGUGGCGUGCAAUAAGGCAACAGGUCAUGUAGUAAGCCUAGACCUUAGUGACAGCUGGCUUCGUGGGCCUUUGCGUUCUAACAGCAGCCUUUUCAGCUUGGUUCAUCUUCAAAAGCUCAACCUUGCCUUGAAUGACUUCAACUCAUCCCCCAUUCCAUCUGAGUUGGGCCAACUAUCCAGGUUAACCCAUCUCAAUCUCUCUCACUCUUCAUUUCAUGGGGAUAUCCCAUCUGAAAUCUCUAUGCUUACAAAUCUUAUGUCACUUGAUCUUUCCUGUUGGCCAUUUGGUUUGUAUGUAAGAGAAGGUGAGCUGGGAAGGCUUAUCCACAACAUGACCAAUUUAAGUAUACUUUACCUUGACUUUGUGAAUCUUUCUUCUUCACCAGUGCCUCAAUCGAUGGCAAAUCUAUCUUCCUUGACACAUCUCUCUGUUCGCAAUUGCUAUUUGUAUGGUGAAUUUCCACAGAAUAUCUUCCAGUUGCCUAACAUACAAUCCAUUGAUCUGUCACACAAUAUUGAUCUUACAGGUUCUCUGCCGGAAUUUAAUUCUAGCAGUCACCUCAAGUCAUUGCUUAUCUUAAGAACCAGUUUCUCAGGGAAAUUGCCCGAUUCUAUUGGCAACCUCAAGUCCUUGAAUGUUUUACAUCUCAAAGUAUCUUCUUUUUCAGGGACAGUUCCUUCUUCGCUUUGGAACCUUUCUGAACUCGUAGAUGUUGACCUCUUCCAUAAUCAUUUCACAGGUCAGCUUCCAUCUACUCUUGGGAAACUUGCAAAGCUCACUUCUCUUAAGCUUGAUGAUAAUGAAUUCAGUGGUCAAAUUCCAUCUUCACUUGGAAACCUCACAAAACUAACCCAUUUCAGCAUUUAUUAUAAUUCUUUCCAAGGAAAAUUCCCAGCCAAACUCCCAUAUCUUAUCCAAUCUCUAUCUCUUGGAUAUAAUAAACUGACAGGUUCAAUCCCAUCUCAUAAUCUUAACUUGACCUUCCUUCAGUCCCUUGAUCUGUCUAACUGUUUUUUCUCUGGAGUCAUUCCUUCAUAUUUAUUUACAGUGCCUUCUUUGCAAUCCCUCAAUUUGGGUCACAAUCAGUUCACAGACUUGGACAUCUCUAAUUCAUCAAAAAUAGAAAUUCUGUCUUUAGGUGGAAACAAAUUAAAUGGAGCCAUUCCAAGUUCCAUAUCCAAAUUGCAAAAGCUGAGACAACUUUUUCUUGAUUCAAAUAAUUUCACUGGGAGAGUCGAUUUUGGCAUUUUCUCAGAGCUGAGUAACCUUCAUCUUCUUGAUCUUUCAUAUAACAGCCAUCUAUCUCAAAUAAGUGUAGAUACAAAUUCCACUCUACCAAAGUUUAAGUUGCUUUUUUUAACCUCAUGCAACAUAAGUGAAUUUCCAGAUUUCCUGAAAACACAAGAUGAAUUGGUGUCAUUGAGCCUUUCUGGAAAUAGGAUUGAUAGUCUAAUACCAAGUUGGUUCUUCAGCGUUGGGAGGAAUACCUUGCAAUAUCUAUCUCUUUCCGAAAACUUGAUUAGCGGCUGGGAAGAAAUCCCAUUAACGCUGCCAUGGAAGGAAUUGAGAAGUCUUCAUAUACGUUCCAACAUAAUGCAAGGACCACUUGUUGUUCCACCAAUGAGCAUCCAGGAAUUCUAUAUCUCAAACAACAGCUUGACUGGAGAAAUUGAUUCAUUGUUCUGUAAAUUGAGCAAUCUUGAAGCACUUGAUGCGUCAAGAAAUCAUCUGAGUGGUACUAUUCCUCAAUGUUUGGGUUCUCUUCAAAUGCUUAACCUUCGAUAUAACAAUUUCAUGGGCAAUAUUCCUCAAAUCUGCAGAGACGAAAGCCUAAUGAGAAUACUCGACUUGAGUCACAACCAAUUACAGGGGAGGAUUCCACGGUCUCUAAUCAAAUGCAAAGACCUGUUAGUUUUGAAUCUCGGCCACAAUCAGAUAAGUGACACAUUUCCUUUUUGGCUACAGAGUUUGCCAAAACUCCAUAUUCUCAUAUUAGGCUCUAAUAAAUUACAUGGUCCCAUAUGGCAUGCGCAUAACUCUUUUAGCUUUUUGGUGUUGAUUAUCAUUGAUAUUUCUCAUAAUGAUUUUGCUGGAAGCAUUCCAUCAGAAUAUUUUAGAAAUUGGACAUCCAUGACUCCUGAUGUUUCCCAAAAAUACAAGUCAGGAAAAAGAGAGGUGCUGUCAUUCAUGCAAGCUUCUUGGUACAAGUUGGACUCGGUGACCGUGAUAAAUAAGGGACAGCAAAUGGAGAUGAUCCAAAAUGUAGAUAUCUUUGUAUCCAUUGAUCUAUCUUGUAACAAAUUUCAUGGAGAAAUUCCAAGUACAAUAUGGGAACUUCAAUCUCUAGUUAUGCUCAACUUGUCAAAUAACAAUUUCACUGGAUUCAUCCCAUCAUCUAUAGGGAAUCUGAGGCAGCUACAAUCGUUGGACCUCUCUAACAAUAAGCUUUCUGGUAAAAUUCCUCAGCAAUUGACAAGUCUCACUUUUCUAGCUUAUUUAAACUUAUCCCAAAAUCAACUUGUGGGUCCAAUACCACAAGGGGGACAAGUUUGGACAUUUCAAAAUUCUUCUUUUGAAGGAAACUUGGGAUUAUGUGACUUUCCAUUAUCAAGAAAAUGUGGAACUCCCCCAUCAACUUCAUCGGCAUCUGAUAAUCACGACAGUGAGAAAUCAGAUUCGAUAUUUGAUUUUGGCUGGAAAGUUGUAGCAGUUGGAUAUGGAUGUGGACUACUCGUUGGUCUGGUGAUCGGACAUGUCUUCAUCUCAAGGAGACCAAAUUUGAUUUUCAAAAUUUUUGGGCUGAGGGUAGAAAGACCACCGAGGUGAGUUGGAGCAUAGUUGGAUGAUUGUAACUAAAUUGUGUGUAAUAAGAUAUGAACUCCAGUUGAUGAUU